AUGGCCCAACGUCAAAAAGCAUCAGACGUCAAGCGUCGAGCGAAGCCAAACAUCAGGAAAAGAGCACAAGGGAAGCAGCCUCGAGGCGUCGAGAAAAAACAACCACAGAGACCUGUCCGCCGAAGCGCACGCCUGGGUCAGAAGUCAUGGGGCGGAAACGCGCAACAAAACCAUCCUUAUACCACUCUCAAGGAAAAGCAAAAUCCGUCUGCCUGUCCGCAGGCUAAAGGGCUAAAAAGGAAGAGACUUCAAGAAGCGGAAGACUUGUUCUGCAUUCCAGCCAACCAAUUUCAAAAGCGACUACGAACAACUACCACUGCGGACACAGCGGAUCAGGAGGCGGCACUCGGCGUCUACGAUGACAAGAUUAAUCCUAUCCAUUGGUGGACGCAGAGCGGAGUCUGGUCCCACGAAUACUUCCAAGAGGGCUACAACAUGAGCCAUCUACUUGCACGAAAGAAGCCGACAUCUUCUCUUCUCCGCAAACAGUCAAAAUCUAGUUCUGCCGCCAGCUCUACCGCCAGCUCUACCGCACCCAACGAUCAAAAGUCAAGGGAAGAAAAGGAUGCUCAAUACAAGAAUCCGCGCUAUGAAGUCCUGCUUCAAACCAAGGGUAGCUUUAUGAGGAAGUCGGACCUGGAGCAAACGAUCCCAAAAGAUUCGCUCUUUAGAGAUAAUAUAUUUGAUGAACUUUGUGAAAUGAUACGGAACCGAAACGAAGCCAAGGUUAUUCAAGAUGUUACUCGGCUGAUAGUCCCUUCUGCACAAACUCUAGCUGUAUAUGGCGCAAGACAUCUCAAGAUCCUGGUUGAAAGCGUCAAUGAAGGCUGGGAUAACUCAGUCUCCAUAACUAAACCGCGUCCGCAACCUGAUUAUUCUGUUGGUUUUGGACGUGAAGCAUUCACGGAUGGCCAGCUGCAGAGAUUUCAGCCUUUUGUUGGUGAUCUGACUGACACAUCAUACUUUAUGGCGACAUACUACCUGUACUUCCCAUUCUUAACAUGCGAAGUUAAGUGCGGCGCAGCGGCACUCGAUAUCGCAGAUCGACAGAAUGCCCACAGCGCCACUAUUGCAGUGAGAGCUACUGUUGAGCUAUUCAAGCUCGUGAAGCGUGAAAAAGAGGUCGACCGAGAGAUACUCGCCUUCUCAAUCUCGCAUGACCAUACUGCAGUGAGGAUCUACGGUCACUAUGCUGUUCUUGAAGGAGAGAAGACAAAUUUCUACCGCCCCCCAAUCCACAAGUUCGAUUUUACCGCUCUGGAUGGCAAAGGGAAAUGGACAGCGUACAGAUUCACGAGAAAUGUCUAUGAUAUAUGGAUGCCAACUCAUUUUAAAAGAAUCUGCUCCGCAAUUGAUCAGAUACCCCCUGACGUGGAUUUUGACAUCUCGCAGUCGGAACUUAAAUACUCCCAACAAUCCAACACCGAAUCGGUGCUCGCGGUCGAGGAUGAUGACAGCCAGCCAAGUCAGCGCUAA